AUGGAUUUUAGCACACACGGCGUCUCUUCGAAACGUCCACGAGAUGAUGGUCGGCAUAACCGUGCAGCCACGUUGCCGCGUGGGGUGGAUUGGCUGUCCUCGAGUCUCGCCAGCGAAGUUGAGCAAGCUGAAGUGCUUGGGCACGAGCAGGAUACGACGGAGGCGCGCGCCAUCGGCGUGGACGAUGAUGUCGCCACCCUGGCGUAUGGCGGGGAGUACUUCCUCCGGGAGGCGAACCUCGCGGAGCUUUCCAGUCGGCACCCCGCCGGCCUCUCUGGGAGGGCGGACUCGCAGCGCGAUACUGGGGUCGCCUCGGGGAGUGGCGGCGGUGGUGGAAGGCAGGAGGAGAAGGCGGAGCUUUACGUCAACGCGGCGUUCGCGCAGCCGCGAUUUUUCCUGCUCGGGAAGGACUUCCCCUCGGUUGACGUCCCACGGGCUGUCGUCGACGACGGCGACGAGACCGGGGGGUCCGGGGCCCCCGCCUCCACCCCGUCUCUUUGGGCAGCCGCGCACGAGACGGACGCCGACAUCCUCCUCCCUGUCGUCAGCGCGCAGUGCGCGAUGGCGCAGCUCGCGAGCAAAGGCAGUGCGGCCCUCGCCGACCUCCGCCGGCUUCUCGCGCGGGAGCAGCAGAACCGGGACGCGAUGGACACCUCCCGCUCGAGCCUGACCCAACUUCUGAAGAAGGACCCCUUUGGACGGGAGGUCCCUGCGGCCGGGACGGACCCUGCGGCCCUCUGUGACACGACGUCGUCCACUUCCUUCCUGGGCCUGCGGGAUCCGGACGGGCCCACGUCCGACGAGGUGGAGGGCUUACGGCGGAAGUUGCGGUUGGAGCAGGCGGCGCUUCGUUCCAAGACCACCCCCCACCCGCCUGGUGACACCCGUGGGAAAGGGGAAGGGGAAGGAGCAGGGGGGAAUCGCCCGGGGCUCCUCCCCGAGGACCUCCGUCGGCAGCAGCAACGCAGCUUCAAACGGGAGAAACUCGAGCACAUCCUCGCGGCGCAGGCGGCGCUGGACCACACCGCCGACUCCGAGGCCGAGGCAGAGCGCCGGGAGGAGCUUCGCCGGAAGCAGGAGCAGCUCCCGAUUUUUCGCUGUCGUCGCGAGCUCCUGCGGUGUAUCGCGGAAAACACCGUGACCAUCAUCGCAGGGGAGACUGGAAGUGGGAAGACAACGCAGCUCGUUCGCUAUUUAUACGAGGAAGGUUAUGCGCGGUAUGGAACGAUAAUUGGGUGUACACAGCCUCGCCGGUUGGCGACGAUCGCGGUUGCCCGUCGAGUGAGCGAAGAGAUGCGCUGCGCCCUCGGCACCACGGUUGGCUACUCCAUCCACCUUGACGACACCACCACUGAUCAGACGAAGAUCAAAUUCAUGACGGAUGGUGUUUUACUGCGGGAGGUCGUGAAGGAUCCGAAUUUGGAUUCCUAUGGCAUCCUUAUGAUUGACGAAGCCCACGAGCGCUCGGUUGAUACAGAUGUGCUAAUGGGCAUUCUUAAAGAUGCCAUUCGUAGUCGUGGGGAUCUCAAGCUAAUCAUAUCCUCUGCCACGAUGGAUGUGCAGAAGUUUUCGCGCUUUUUCGGCAACGCGCCUUACUACGAGAUCCCUGGUCAAACCUACGAGGUGGAGAUCCGCUACAGCCCGAAGCCAGUGAUGGAUUACGUCGCCGAGGCCGUCUUUCGCGUCUGCCAGCUUCAUUUGCAGGCGCCGAUGGAGGCGCGGCAGGAUAUUCUCGUCUUUAUGACGGGGCGGGAUGAUGUCUACGGCACCUGCGAGCUCAUCCGCCGCCGCCUUGCCGAGAUCAGCCCUGAACAUCUCAAGACCCUGAUGCUGCUGCCGUGUUUGUCGGAGGCAUCGGGGGUUUCCAGCGCGGGUGAAGGCGUUGCGAAUCUUCUCCUGGCGGAGACCCCGAGUGGGCUGCGGAAGUGCGUCGUCUCGACGAAUGUCGCGGAGACUUCCCUAACGAUUGACGGCGUCCGCUACGUCGUGGAUUGCGGGCUGAUGAAGACGAACGUGUUUCGCCCGAGGCUGGGAAUGAACACGCUGCAACGCUACCCGGUUUCGCAGGCGCAGGCGAACCAGCGAAAAGGCCGCGCCGGGCGCACGGCCGAAGGGGUUUGCUUUCGUUUAUACACCGAAGAGCAGUUCGCGCGGGAGAUGCUGUUGAAUAGCGUGCCGGAGAUCCAACGGAGCAGCCUGGAUAGCGUCGUAUUGCUGCUCAAAGGGGUAGGGGUGCGGCGGAUUCGGGAGUUCGAAUUUGUCGAUCCCCCGCCGGCCGCGAAUAUCCGAAGCAGCAUGUGGCGUCUGUGGGUUCUUGGGAUGUUGGAUGUUGAGGGGGAGAUCACGGAUGAGGGACGGCUCGCGAUUGAGUUUCCGAUCGCCCCGGCGCUGGCGAAACUCCUCCUGGAGAGCACCAAGCACGGCUGUUCGUUUGAGGUCGCUCGCAUCGUCGCGCUCAUCACGGCGGAUCCAAAGAACUUUUUCGAAUUACCCAAAGGGAAAGAAGCGAUCGCGCAACAGCAUUUUGGACGCUUUUUUAACAAUGAAUCGGAUCAUCUCACGCUACUGAAUGCCUUUACGCAGUUCCUAGAGAAUGGCAAGUCGCGUCAGUGGGCGCAGGAUCACUAUCUGCAUUUUCCUACGCUCCAGCGCGCAUGUGAUGUGCUCGAGCAGCUCCUUGAUCGCCUUCGUCAGCUGCGUUUGCCGGUUGUUUCCUGCCAACAAGCGCAUGGUGGCGCGCUCGAUGUCGUGCGGUAUUGCCUUGCGAGGGCUUUUUGUCUGCAAGCCGCGCAGCGCUCGGGUUCGAACUGGAAUGAAUACCGCGCUCUGCUCAAUCUUGGGGUGGUCUGCGCGUUACAUCCGAGCUCUGCGAUCUGUACUUCUGCGGUGAUGCCCUCCUUUGUCGUGUAUAACGAUCUUAUUAUGGUGCAUAAGGAGUAUCUGGUGUUGGUAACGGCGGUGGAGCCGGAGUGGCUGGCGGAGGGGGGGUUAUACAAGGUGAAAAAAACCGGGAAGACGUCUGGGGGGCCGCUCACGCAGGCGUAUCCUGUCAUCCAUGAGCUACCUCACGCGCGAUCUGUCGAUGGAGGCGCACGCGGAAGGCGAGAGAGUGGGGAGGGCGAUACGAAGCGUCAGCCGGAUCCGUUGGUCGCGGUCAACCCGAAACCAAAGUUGCUCCCCACAAAACCUUCUCCUGUUGGGGGGAAAAGCGCGCCGAAUUCAUCAAAAUUUGCGGCAUCUUUCUCUGGAAAGAAACGGGCGAAUAUUUAA